AUCAGGCUGAUAAGUUUAGCAGUUACGGCAGUUCUACCGUAAAUGUAGUGGUCACCUACAAGGAAAUGAGGAAAAUGGACAGAAUGACAAAUAUAACGCCAAAAAAUAUAUAUCCAUCAGCAUUGGAAGAUAAUUAAAUUGUUUUGCACUCCUAGACACUCAAACGUACACCAAUAUAUUUUUCAUGUCCCCUUUAAGUGAAAUAGUUUUCACUUUAUAAACGGAAUUUUAGAAAACUUUUUAAUUUACUGGAUUUAUUUGGGCUGUAAUUGCUUGUUGACAAGAACCAAAACGUUGGAUUUUUAAAGCUGCAAGUAGCUACUCUUUCACAGCACUGUUUAAACAAUCUACUGCAUUUUGCUGUAACUUUACAUGUUGGCUUAUAAAAAUGAAAAGUGAAUAGUGAUGAAGAAAGCUAAUUUUCCUCCAGACACUGACAAAUCUCUGAUGCAUUUCUCUCCGAUCCUUCCCUGGAGGGAUUCUCUGAAUCUGGUAAUUUCCCUCUUAACGGAAAUAAAGGGAACGCGAUCUUAUCCCGGCUUGUUUCGCAAACAACGCCAUAUCUUCCAGAUGAAUCAGCAGCAACAGGUCGGGGCAGGCCUGGCCAGACAGUGAUGAAUGAAUAUCAAUAAAAAAAAUAAUUUAAAAAAAACACGUAAAACGGAAACACUGUAACGUGUGAGCACGUGAAUCUCCUGGGAGAGUUUAAAUAACACGCAGCCACGGUUCGGGUUACGCACUCAAGAAGCUCCUGCCUACAAGUUUGUUGUGAGUUGGGAUUUUUUUUUCUUUCUCUCUCUCUCUCUCUCUACGCUGAGCUUCAACCCGCAGCCAGGCAGACGUAAUGUUGGAUACGUUUGGGACGCACACCACCACGGCGACCGUGCCGAGUGCGGAGCUCCAGCUCAAAGCGUCGGACAAGAAGGUCAGCCUGAAGCCGGCAGUGAUGGGGAUGGACAGCGGGAAGAAACUCCUGGAGAUAACGGGCCCUGCUCUGUCAAAAAGGAGGCUCCUGGUGGGAUUAGACCUCCUCUGCCUUUUUCUCGCAUCGAUUCCUUUCUUCGCAUGCGAGCUGAAGGCAGUGAAACCCUUCCAGAGGGGCUUCACAUGUGGAGACCCCAGUAUCGCCUACCCUUAUCUGUCCCAAGAAGUCAUUUCAAAUAAGCUUCUUACCGCAGGUGGAAUCGUCAUCACAGGCCUGGCAAUUGCGCUCGGGGAGUGCUUCCGGGCGCGCUUCCACAAAGUGAGCUCCAAAUCGUUCGUGAAGAACCUGUACGUCUCCUGCCUGUACAAGGAGCUGGGCUCCUUCCUGUUCGGCUGCUGCGUCGGCCAGUCGCUCACCAACAUGGCGAAGCUCAGCGUCGGGCGGCUGCGGCCUCACUUCCUGGACGUGUGCGGCGUCACAUACGCGACGCUCAACUGCACGCAGGGAACGUACGUGACUGCCACAGGCGUGAAGUGUACCAACCCUGACCACCAAUUAGUGGAAGAGGCCAGGAAGUCCUUCUUCUCUGGCCACGCCUCUUUUGCCAUGUACUCUCUGCUGUAUUUAGCGUUCUACCUGCAGGCGCGGCUGACGUGGCGCGGCGCUCGGCUGCUGAGGCCGCUGCUGCAGUUCCUCCUGGUCGUCCUGGCGGUCUACACGGGUCUGACCCGCAUCUCGGACUACUGGCACCACCCGUCGGACGUGCUGACAGGAUACGUGCAGGGGGCUCUCACUGCGUACUGGGUGGCUUUCUACAUCUCGCCGAUGUUCAAAGACCGUACGUCGGACCUGUCCACAGCUGAGAAGCCGGACGGCCCCUCGUCUCCUCAGCAUACCGUCUGCUGAAAACCCCACGAGCCAGAGGAACGCCUGGCAAUUUCCUCUGAAAUCACAAGACAUACCUCUGCGUUUUGACAGCAGAAAAAUACUUCUGGAGACAAUCUCUGCAAAAAAGAGAGAGAGAGAGAGAAAACUGAAGCGAUUGAGAGGAAGGAGACUGAAAAGUGCGUCUGUUAUGUAAACAGCCUGAGCCCUGGACCUUUUGCCCUUGUGACUGGUCACGCCCUUCCGACCUGUGAGGUGAAACUGAAAACAGGAGCCACUAUAACUACUCACCACUUGUACGUGUGUAAAUAUUUUGAAGGCACAAAGGAUAACGUCAAGCCACAUUUCAUUUCAGUGUUAGUGUUGCAAUGAAUAGAACGUAAUAUAUUUUUUUAUAAACACAGAUUUUAUUAUUUAACAGUUUUUACAUAAUUUUGUACGCUGCUGAAUGUAAGCACUCGUUUUUUUCUUCAUGUGUUUGGCCAGAUGUCGUAGGAUUUGUUGUGUCAUAAGAAAACGACUAAUAGGCGUCCUAACAGAACAUAACUUACAGGAAAAAUACUGAACUCAUCAGUAGAGGUCAUUUUUGAUGUACACGUGUCAGUGUUGCUAGAAGUAAAAUGUUUUAUAAAUAUUUUGUAUGUUUUGA